AUGUCGGACGGCACGACCUUCACGUACGCGAACAAGUUCGGCGGCUACUGGUACUAUGACCCCGAGAAUCCUCUCACCAACUACGCGCGCGCGCAAUCCUGGACGCCCCCCAUGAAUGAGACCUUCCAGUAUGGCACGGAUAAUAUUCGGGGUGUUAACCUUGGUGGCUGGCUCGUUCCGGAACCUUAUCUUGCGCCUGCUCUGUUCGAGCCGUAUGUGAACACGUCUUACCCCGCCGUCGAUGAAUGGACGCUUAGCUACAAUCUCAUGAACGAGACCUCCAAGGGUGGUCUCGAGGGUGUCAUGACUAACCACUAUGAUACGUUCAUCACGGAGCAGGACUUCGCUGAGAUCGCGGCAGCUGGCCUUAACCAUGUCCGUAUACCCAUUGGUUACUGGGCUAUCGAGACGUGGGAAGGCGAGCCGUUCCUCGCCAAGGUUUCCUGGACAUACUUCCUCAAGGCCAUUGAGUGGGCUCGCAAGUAUGGUCUCCGCAUUAAUCUCGACUUCCACGCGCUGCCCGGUAGCCAGAACGGCUGGAAUCACUCGGGCAAGCUUGGCUCGAUCAACGUCUUGUACGGUCCGAUGGGUCUUGCCAACGCGCAACGGUCCUUGGGUUACAUCCGGAUUCUUGCCGAAUUCAUCUCACAGCCCGAGUACAGCAACGUCGUAACCAUCUUCGGUGUUACUAACGAGCCAAUGGGUCCUACGAUGGGUCAGGAUCAGUUGGCAGCUUACUACGUGCAGGCGUACGAGAUCAUCAGGACCGCGAGCGGCAUCGGCGCAGGCAAUGGUCCGUAUGUCCUCUAUCACGACGGAUUCUACCAGCUCUCGCAGUGGGUGGGCUUCCUCGCCGGUGCGGACCGCAUCGCGCUCGACAACCACCCGUACGUCUGCUUCGACGGCCAGUCGUCUGCGCCGUACUCGUCGCGCCUGACCGUGCCCUGCGACACGUGGGGCGCGACGGUCAACACCUCGAUGACCGCGUUCGGGCUGACGACUGCAGGCGAGUGGAGCAACGCGAUCAACGACUGUGGGUUGUGGGUGAAUGGCGUCAAUGAUGGGAGCCGGUAUGAGGGCACCUUUGACGGUACGGCGGUUACGGGCGACUGUGCGCCGUGGAUUGAUUACCAGGGCUGGAAUGAGACGUUCAAGGCGAGCAUCGAGGACUGGGCAUUGGCCAGCAUGAGCUCUCUCCAGAACUGGUUCUUCUGGACAUGGAAGGUUGGCAACUCCUCCGUGACGGGCAAGGUCGAGGCACCUCAGUGGUCGUACCAGCUCGGUCUCCAGGGAGGUUGGAUGCCCACCGACCCGCGACAGGCCGACGGCGUGUGCGGCAACAGCGCCCCCUUCGCGCCGCCGCUCUCAGCGUGGCAGACGGGCGGCUCGGGCGCAGGGAGCACCGCGGCGAGCGUGUCGACGCAGUACGCGUGGCCGCCGGCGACGAUCAGCAACCCGGGCUUCCCGUCGGCGGUGACGGCAUUGCCAUCAUACACGGCGACGGGUGGGCAGGUCACCCUCGCGGCGCCGACGUUCACCGCGUCGAGCGCGACGGUGAGCGCGAGCGUCGGGAGCGGGUGGGAGAACGCAAAGGACACGGCACAGAAAUACACGGCAAUACAGACGUGCGAAUAUCUGUACCCGUGGAUUGGGCCGACGGCACCGCCGAGCCCGCUGUGCGGGGGCAACGACAAGCGCGACGCGUAUGCGUUCCCGGCGCCGACGCCUGUGGGCUCGUCAUGA